CGUGAUGGCCUGUCUAAGUUGCGUGGUAUAUAAAGGAGCAUGUUGCCGUAGCCUCAGGAUUAUUUGCCUCUUGAUCUAGGUCCGACUCCAGUUAUCCGACCAUAUUUUGUGACAUACCUGUAUACGAAGUUGCGAGACACCCAAUAUCGAUACAUUUUCUGUCCCUUCAUGACCGCCUAGACGGACAAUUACCAUUUCGACCAUGUUGUCAUCAAGAAUAUCUGCCAGACGCUGGACCUCAAACCAUGUCUCGCUGGCUCGAACCGCGGCCCUCGCUCGCCCCAACACCCUGAUCACGGGGUGGCCCGCUGUUCUUCCAGCAGCCUGCCAAUACCCGUCCCCUCCUAGCCCUCGAGCCUUUUCAACCACACCGAUCAUCCAUCCCCGGCAGUUCCUGCGGCCAAGUCAGAAUGAAUAUAUGCAGCGGACCCGCCUAUACCGAUCCCCCCCGAGCUGGCGAUCCUUCUCGACCACCCCGGCCGUCCAUCUCCGGGACUUCUUCCCGCCGAUGGAGACGGAGCAAAUCCGGCGGACCGCCCCGGCAUGGCCGCACAAGGGCUUUUCCAUGGACGAAAUGCUCGCCGUUCAACCGGGCCACCGUGAGCCCAGGACCUGGGGCGAUUGGGUCGCGUGGAAACUAGUCCGCCUCGCCAGAUAUUGCAUGGACCUGGCAACGGGGCUCAAGGAUGGGCAGCAGGUUGAUCCGAAGAACCCCACGACCGCAGUUGUGGCGAGUAAGCCCCUGACAGAAGCGCAGUGGCUUGUGCGCUUUGUAUUCCUCGAGAGCAUUGCAGGAGUUCCCGGUAUGGUAGCCGGUAUGCUCCGUCAUCUCAACAGCCUCCGCCGACUGAAACGUGAUAACGGCUGGAUUGAAACGCUCCUCGAAGAGAGCUUUAACGAACGCAUGCAUCUCCUGACUUUCAUGAAGAUGAGCGAGCCUGGUUGGUUCAUGAAGAUCAUGCUCAUCGGCGCCCAAGGCGUCUUCUUCAACAGCAUGUUCCUCGCUUACCUGAUCUCCCCGAAAAUAUGCCAUCGCUUCGUUGGCUACCUCGAGGAAGAGGCGGUCCACACUUACACGCGCUGCAUCCACGAGAUCGAAGCCGGUUUGCUUCCGAAAUGGUCGGACCCUGAAUUCCGAAUUCCAGACCUGGCAGUGCAAUACUGGAAUAUCCCUGAAAACAAGAGGACGAUGAAGGAUUUGGUACUAUACAUCCGGGCUGAUGAGGCUGUCCAUCGGGGAGUCAAUCAUACCCUGGGGAAUCUCGACCAGGCCGAGGAUCCGAACCCGUUCGUGAGUGAGUACAAGGGCGACCAACAGCCGAAGGCUGCCUUGAAGCCUUCUGGUUACGAACGAGCCGAUGUGAUCUAAAAAAAGGAACUCGUUAAAGUCGGACAACGAGUAAGAGGGCCAUGGUAAUUUUUUUCUGUUCCUUUUAAAGAAAAAUAACGAAGAAGACGGGGAGGGUGGGGUGGCAAUUCGACGGCGUUUAGAAGACAUCGAAGGAUGAUACCACAAUAAUCGAGCAGUUCUUAGGCGUUCGCCGGUUGGAUUUCGGGCCAUAAAGGAGUAUCUCCACUCAUUGUACUGAAUAAGAUAUGUAGUCUGCUCGACAAUGAGACGCACGGUGCGCACGAAAAUGCUAACCCCGGGGGGGAAGUUGCACCAGAUGAGACGAUACUUCCCGAACCCU